UGUGCUGGAGUAUGUCAGUUCCGUCAUGGAUCGUACCAACUGCGCUUUGGAAGAGACCAACAAUUUGUUCAUUUCUUGCUGACUUAUUUCCGUUAUCCAUGGGGUGCAAAUGCGUGGACCGGUGUCGCCUUCGGAAAUUCGAUGCGUGAUGGAUUGGACUUCAUCGCAGUGCGCAUCCUGGAGAACAGAGUGCUGAUUAGUGAUGAAUUUAUCCGUGGCUUUAGGCCACCGUGGUCUGAUGCAAGCCAAGACGUAGUUAUCCAUUCAGUUACGUUCAUCGGUGGCAAUUUACGGGUUCAAUUUACUCGACCUUUACAGUCUGCCGACAUUGCUGAUUUUUCGCUAGCUGGCUGCUUGCCUUGGCAGUUUCCGACAGUACUAUCGCCAGUUGGACUCGAUGGUCACAUUCACAAACAUGUUGUUACGCCAGAGAGGACAAUUGUAUGUAUAGAUCGGUGUCCGUGUGUAUUUAACUCCACGUCGAACCCGUGCGGUUUAUGA